AUGGCGGAACACACGCCAGCUCCGACGCCGUCACGUGCCAUCUACGGGUUUUUUCUGUAUUUGCUAUUUCAAACACUUUUCAUUUUGUACGUACUAUGGGCCUUUAUUCCAACGGAUCUGUUGGAGCGAUUUGGGUUGAGUUAUUUGCCCGACAAAUAUUUUGCUUUGUUCGUACCAAUUUUGGUGCUUGUGGCGGUAACAUUGUUCGCUUUUUUGAUUUAUCCGGCACUAUCGUUGGCUAUGAUGCCCGACAUGGACGAUCCAUCGACCGUGACCGAUCGGUUCGCUAUCGUGCGCUGUCGAUAUAAAUAUCCCGAUAGGACCGUUUGCGGACAGAAGAUUGACCAACCAUACGAACACAGCUGGGCGGUGAAAGCAUUUUGCUCGAAACAUUCGAUACGAGUGACGACGGCUAGCGAUUUGCGUGGCAGCGUAAGGAUUUCCAACUAUUGUGACUGCCCAGAGGAAGAGCACUGUUUGCUGCGCAAAGAGCCGGGGCACUUGGCGAAGUUACGAACGAAGCAGAUGGUACCGGCGGUGGCGGACUUAAAUCUGGCUGAGGUUAGUCGGGUUUUGUAUCGUAAAAGAAUGUAACGGAUUUUAAAUACAUUUAAUUUCAAAUAAAUUGAUGA